GGACAUAUAAUAUAAUGUGGCUAUAUAUAUUGAGGUAGAUGGGUUUUCAUUCAGGCGCUGUGUAGAACAGCCCAGAGAGGACCCCUUCAGUCCAUCAUGGCGGCGCCUUGUGGGACUCUAAACUGUGAGGACUACUCAAUGUUUCAGGAGGUGCUUAAGGUGAUGCGCACCAUAGAUGACCGCAUCGUCCAUGCCCUGAACACUACCGUGCCCACAAUCUCCUUCUCAGGCAAAGUGGACGCCACACAAACAUGCAAACAACUCUAUGAAUCUAUGAUGGAGGCCCAUCUGACCAGAGACAAAGCUAUCAAGUCCUGUAUCGCCCAAACAUCUGAGGAGGUGGCGCAACUGCGUGAAGAGAGAGCAAAAGACAGCGAAAACCUGGCACUCAUCAAACAGCUCAGAAAGGAGCAGACCAAAUUAAAGCUUAUGCAAUCAGAGCUGAAUGUUGAGGAGGUUGUCAAUGAUAGAAGUCUGAAGGUUUUCAGUGAAAGGUGCAGAAUCCACUACACGCCUCCGAAGGUGAAGUGAAGCUCCGUCUGACGAUGAGCGGCGCUGCUUCACUUCGAGGUUCGAAUCCAGACUGGAGCUGAAACUGUGACCUGCUGCUGAGUCUUGACUGCAAGGUCUGCAGACCACCCUGACCUCUUCUCCAACCCACUUAUAUUCCAUUGUGAUUGUCCUAUUGCAUUAUCACAGCUGUAAAAUCGUCAUCCGUGUGCUUCUUUGAUGAGAAACAUUGUACAAAACAAGUUUUUUUUUAAAAAGACAAUGAAAUGUUUUCAAAUUAUG